CUUGGCUGAACCUGUUUGCUAUUAACAAGCAACCUUGCUGAUGCCAUGGUGCCAGUAGAGGACUUUAUUUGGUACGAGUGUUUCCUUAGACAUCAUUAUCUUAUUCUUUACUGGGGGUCUUGGAUUAAUGGUGCUGACCCUUGAGUUGGUCACUGAUCUGUCCAACACGGAUGCAUCCUUUCCUCUUAUAGGACCAAAGUCGUUCAGCUGACAUCUGAGCAAGUUAGCUAAUCUUAGCUGUAAUACACACUUCACUUUGCAUAGACGUCUCUUGACUUUUAGGUGACUGCAAGGCCAGUCAUGCUGAUCUCUAUAACUACAUGUUGAAGAAGUUUAAGAAUGACUGAGCAAGUUUGCAGGUUGCAUGGCAAGCUGAUUUGAUGCAUGUCAUUUGCAUGAGUGCAUUCAGGCUGUCUGUGGGAUUUCGAGCGAGCGGCUUCAGUCAUGGCCCAAACCGUGCAUAUUAACGGCAACGCCUCAGAAAAAGAUGAUGAUGAGAAGGACCCGUACUCUCUGGAAACCCCAUAUGGUUAUCAGCUAGACUUGGACUUCCUUAAGUAUGUGGAUGACAUUGAGAGAGGCAACACCAUCAAGAAGCUAAACAUCCAGAGAAAGCCAAAAGCGGUCCGGUCUGUCCCGCCGCCACAGAGAAGUUGCAGUGGCCAGACUGAGUGGACUUCGACUGACUCCUUGUCCUCCUCCAACAGCGAUGAGAGCAAACAGUCACCAGUCUACUUCACACCUCGGACCCAGGUAGCCCCCCCUGGCCACACUGUCGAAGUCCAUGAAGCCCCGCAAGCCUUUGUGAACAUCCCUGAGACCAAGCAGCUACUGCCACCACCGUCUCCCCGCCUCCUUCGCCAUAACCCCCAGGUGGAGAAAACGCUAAUGGAGACUCGAAGACGCCUGGAGCAGGAGCGCCUCCUAAUGCAGCCACCGGUCAGUGAGCCGCCCCGUAGGCGACUGGCCAGCUUUGGAGGGAUGGGCUCUUCCAGCUCCCUGUCUUCUUACAGUGGCUCAUAUGGGCCAAGCCAGUUUUCACCCAGCUCUCAUUCUCUGCAACAUAAUGGACAUCUAGGCAAUGGUGAGUACAACCUCUACUUAACAUCCUCCAUGGGCAGUUCAAUCCGCCAUAGCCCCCUCAGCUCGGGCAUGACCACACCGGUGACCAAUGUUAGUCCCCUGCACCUCCAGCACAUUCGAGAACAGAUGGUAGUGGCUCUAAAGCGACUUAAAGAACUUGAGGAGCAAGUAAAGACCAUCCCAAUCCUUCAAGUCAAGAUCUCAGUCUUGCAAGAGGAGAAGAGGCAACUGGUGUCCCAAAUGAAGAAUUCAAAGCUUGCUGGACAGGGUUUGGGUGGAGGUUUUAGGAAGCGCUCCUACAGCGUCGGCAGUGCUGAUCAGUAUGAGCCACUGAGUCAGCUUCCAGCAGGUUCUGAGCUCCACAUCAAUGAGAUGGAGAACACUGAGCAGAGCUCUCAAAGUCUACAAGAGUUCAGACAACUGACAGCUGAAGUGGAGGCUUUAGAGAAGAAGAUCCAGGAUAAUAGUGAGGAUUUGAAACACAGCUUACACCAAACCGAGCAAAAAACAAACCAAAACGUGCAGCAGUGGAGUCGUGAGAGCAAGUCCAUUGGCGUUGGAGCCGACGAAAACAUGAACAACAUGGUCGUGUAUCGUAGGUCACCUGAGCGAAGCAGAGAUGUGGCUGUGGGAACAGAGCAGGAUGUGAGGAGCGCAGGAGUUGGGGUGACUGAAGCCAUGCUGGGCAUGAGCAGUGAAGUAGAAGCAGAGAUCGAGAUGCAGCACCAGACCAUCGAAGCCCUCAAAGAAAAGAUCUACAGAUUGGAAGUUCAGCUUAAAGAGACCACCCACGAAAUGGAGAUGGGAAAACUAAAGCUUCAGCUUCAAGUGGCUGGGUCAAGAAAAAAGGCUGAUAAAGGUUUGAUGGCUAAGCCAGAAAUGUACAGCACUUCAGUGGAAGCCAGAGUGUCUACACAGAGCCAAGGUGUGGGCAACCAUGUUGAGUUUAGUGAUGCAAGUAUAAAUCAUGUCCCACAAAUGAAUGUAGUGGGCAUCACAUGCAGGCCAGAUGUAAUGAAUGUCGCUGUGGGUCCAGAGUUGCCGAUGGAGCGGUGGGUUGUACAAGAACGUCCCGAGGUGAAAGAUCAAUAUGUCGGCAGGCAGGUUGUGAUGUGCGAUCAAAGAGUAGGAGUGGAAGUAAGUGUAUGUGAAGUGGGGAUCAACACCGAGUUUACUUCUGAAGGUUUAGGACUUUGCAAAGCAGAGGCUGAACAGGUCAAUGAUUUCAGGUCUAUUGGAUGUGGAGAUUGUUCAGUGAAUGUGUCGGUCAAGCCUGUCAUGGAGGUGGUAACCCAGAGUUCAGCAACCGAUGAAGUUCAAAAAACUGACUUUGGAGUCAUGGUCUUACCUAUGUGUGCAUCUCAAUACACAACCACAGAAAUUGAAAAAACAAACAAGUUAACCAAUACAGAAAAGAUAGUCCUGACUGAUUCCUGCACAACCACAGAAUCAUAUUCAAAAGACAAACAAAUAAGCACAGAACCAGUAGAGACUCGUACAAUUGCCGUCGGAGAUGGUCUCAUAAAAGACGUGCAGACCACAAUUAAAACACGCUCCAUUUCAGUAGGAACCGCAGCAACGGAAGAGGGUGUGCUUGACAGGAUGUUAUCUUGCAGAUCCAAGGAGACUGGGGUUGGUCACACAAGCAUACAUGAGAACUUCUUAGUUGGUCUGAAGACAAGGAACAUUGCCUGUGGACCCUCUCAGUCUCCUGCCCAGACCCAAGUUAAAAGAGUUCCUGAGGAAUCAACAGAGUCCAUCCAGCCAGAGGCUGGGCAAGGUGUUGGACUCGAUCAUUAUAUAGAGAGAGUGCAAAAGCUGUUGCAAGAACAGCAGACGUUGCUUGCCCAGAACUACACUGAGCUAGCAGAUGCAUUUGGCCCACCUCAGCAAUCCCAGUUUAGCUCCAUAAACAGUGAGCUAGUUACUACACUAUCAUCCAUCAAUUCUGUUAUGAAGUAUGGAAGUGUUGAAGAUCUCUGCGGCAUGGAUCUUCUGAGGCCUCAAGGAGACUCGGGCAGUGUCGUCAAAGAAACACAGAAGGUUAGUGAGGUCAGUUCCCACUUGAGUAGUGUAAAGACGGAGGUUACACGGAUAGAAAGUGCGUGUACAGAAGAUACACUGAGUACUGCACAGAAGAGCCGCAUGGACCAGCAGAUGUCAACAGCAUUGCAUGGAAGUCAAAGCACCCUGAAGUCCAUUAUGAAGAAGGAUGGCCAGCAGGGACCUAAUGGAACGAAAAAGAACCUGCAGUUUGUUGGUGUAAAUGGAGGGUAUGAGACGACAUCAAGCGAUGACUCCAGCUCAGAAGAGAGCAGCUCCUCUGGCUCAGGGGAUGAAGGGGAGGAGAAGGACAAGAUGGGAGACAUGAGUGAGAGAAGGAAAGAGGAAUUUAGAAAUAAAGAAGCAGUGGAUGAAGACAGGGACAAGGAGGACUUAAGCAAAGAGAAACGUCAGAGAUAUGAGUUGAAUGAGAAGAUGCUUUCUGCAUGCAACAUGCUGAAAUCCCACCUCAACGACCCCAAGGCUUUAUCUAGUAAAGAUGUGAGGCCAUAUGUAAACACUGUGCAGCAUGAGUGGUUCCGUGUGUCCAGUCAGAAGACAGCAGUGUCGGAGAUGGUGGAGGACUACCUGAACACCUUCAGAUCCAUCUCGCCAGCCCUGCUGCAACAUGUCGUAAACAUGGCGGAUGGCAAUGGAAACACUGCCCUCCAUUACAGCGUAUCUCAUUCCAACUUCCACAUUGUGAAGAAGCUGCUGGAUGCUGAUGUCUGCAAUGUCAAUCAGCAGAACAAGGCGGGCUAUACUCCCAUCAUGUUGGCAGCACUUGCAGCUGUGGAGGCGACAGAGGACAUGAGGGUCGUUGAAGAGCUAUUCAGCAAAGGAGAUGUCAAUGCAAAGGCCAGCCAGGCUGGUCAGACUGGUCUGAUGCUGGCUGUCAGUCAUGGCAGAAUGGAUAUGGUAAAGGCUCUUCUUGCCUGCGGGGCAGACGUCAACAUCCAGGAUGACGAGGGAUCCACUGCUCUCAUGUGCGCUAGUGAACACGGUCACGUCGAAAUAGUCAAACUGCUGCUCGCUCAGCCGGGCUGUGAUGCCACGCUCAGUGAUAAUGAUGAAAGCAAUGCCCUGUCGAUUGCUCUGGAAGCUGGACAUAAGGAUAUAGCAGUGUUGCUGUAUGCCCAUAUGAACUUCUCCAAAGCUCAGUCACCAGGUACUCCUCGAUUAGGGAGGAAGACUUCACCCAGUCCUACAAGGAGGGGCCAUGUUUGAUUAGAGAGCUUCUACCCCACCCCGGUCUAAGCUGCUACUUUUUCAGGUUCUACCAU